AUUUAAAUAAUAAAAACAUUAUAAUGUCGCUACUCUGUGGAGCCUAUCUAUUUUCAGAAGCCGCCGGACCACUAAUGUCUGAGCCAAUUUUGAGUUUAUACAAAUCACCUUUAUCAGGCUGCGCUUUCCUCACAUAUUUCAACCCGGAAAGCGCUUCGAGCGCACAAUCAGCCCUCCAUGAAAAACGGACGUUACCAGGGAUGAAUCGAGCAAUACAGGUUAAACCAGCAGAUAGUGAAAACAGAGGAGAUCGAAAGCUGUUCGUGGGGAUGCUUAGCAAGCAACAGACCGAAGAGGAUGUCCGGCAGUUGUUCACGCCGUUCGGCACUAUAGAGGAGUGUUCGAUACUGCGCGGUCCGGACGGCUCCAGUAAAGGUUGCGCCUUCGUCAAGUUCAGUUCCCACCAGGAAGCGCAGCAAGCGAUCACACAGCUGCACGGAAGUCAGACUAUGCCGGGAGCCUCUUCUAGCUUAGUGGUAAAGUUCGCUGACACUGAGAAGGAAAGACAACUGCGGCGUAUGCAACAAAUGGCAGGCAACAUGAGUCUUCUGAACCCCUUUGUUUUCAACCAGUUUGGGACCUACGGCACCUAUGCUCAAGUCAUCACUGAACAGCAACAAGCAGCUCUGAUGGUAGCCGCAACCGCGCAAGGCUACAUCAGUCCCAUGACUGCGCUCGCGUCCCAUGCUCUCAAUGGAAUGGCUAAUUCUGUGGUACCACCUACUUCGGAGAACUUCACGGGCCUCGCCAUCGGCACGGGCGGGGGGCAGCCGCUGAACGGCGCGCUGCCCUCGCUGCCCUCGCCAACAAUGCCCGGCUUCAACAUGGCCGCGCAGACCGCCAACGGCCAGCCUCCACCGCAGGAAGCUGUAUAUACUAAUGGGAUACAUCAGACUUUUACUGGACCGGUGCCGGUAACAGCGCAAGGCCUACCGAACGGCGAGGCCGCGCUGCAGCACGCCGCCUACCCCGGCAUGCAACCCUUCCCGGGAGUCGCUUACCCAGCGGUAUAUGGGCAGUUUCCGCAGCCGAUCCCACCGCCGAUGUCGACUAUUGCGCCGGCGCAGAGAGAAGAUUUUCUUAUGUUCCCAGGGUGUUCCAUCUCAGGGCCCGAGGGCUGCAACUUGUUCAUCUACCACCUGCCGCAGGAGUUCGGGGACGCGGAGCUGAUGCAGAUGUUCCUCCCGUUCGGGAAUGUCAUCAGCAGCAAGGUUUUUAUCGACCGCGCUACUAAUCAGAGCAAAUGUUUUGGGUUCGUAUCGUUCGACAACCCGGCGUCAGCACAGGCGGCGAUCCAGGCGAUGAACGGUUUCCAGAUCGGCAUGAAGCGGCUGAAGGUGCAGCUGAAGCGGCCCAAGGACGCGCACCGCCCCUACUAGCACGAGCUCGCGCUCUCGCGCGCCUGCCCCCACGCACCGAGGGCAUCGCUGGGCCAGUUCCGGCCGCGGCGCGCGAGUUCACGGAGCGUGAACCAUUUCAAUGAAUUU